GGAGCCGCUCUUCCGGUCUCAUGACAGGCUCUGCAGAAUUGGCAGAGACCGGUUAUAAUGGGUAUGGCUGUUAUUAGUUGUGCCAGCCUAUUGGUGUGCCUGUGCGCCCUGCUCAGCGGGGUCUCCUCACGGUAUACCCCCGAUUGGGACUCCAUAGACAAGCGCCCCCUGCCGGCCUGGUUCGAUGAGGCGAAGUUCGGUAUCUUCCUGCACUGGGGGGUGUUCUCGGUGCCGUCGUUCGGCAGUGAGUGGUUCUGGUGGAACUGGCGGCAGGAGAAGAGCAAGUCCUAUGUGGACUUUAUGACUAAGAACUAUCCGCCUGGGUUCUCGUACGCGGACUUCGCCCCGCACUUCACCGCCGAGUUCUUCGAUCCGGACUCGUGGGCUGAACUCUUCCAGCGGGCCGGGGCCAGGUAUGUUGUUUUGACGACAAAGCACCAUGAAGGUUUCACUAACUGGGGCUCUCCUGUGUCCUGGAACUGGAAUGCUGUAGACACUGGUCCACAUCGUGACUUAGUGGGAGACUUGGGAGGAGCAUUGAAGAAGAGAAACCUGCGUUAUGGACUAUAUCAUUCCCUGUUGGAAUGGUUUCAUCCCUUGUAUUUAUUAGACAAAAAGAAUGGCUUCAAAACACAGUAUUUUGUGUUUGCAAAGACUAUGCCCGAGCUGUAUGAUUUGGUAACAAGAUACCAGCCGGAUUUGAUUUGGUCUGAUGGUGACUGGGAAUCGCCAGAUACUUACUGGAACUCUACUGAUUUUCUGGCAUGGCUUUACAAUGACAGCCCUGUUAAGGACAAAGUUGUGGUCAAUGACCGUUGGGGAAGCAACUGUUCAUGCUAUCAUGGAGGUUAUUAUAACUGUGCUGAUAAGUUUAGUCCUUCUACAUUGCCUGACCACAAAUGGGAGAAAUGCACUUCCAUGGACUACUAUUCAUGGGGUUAUCGACGCAACAUGCAGUACUCUCAGAUUAUGACUGAAGCAAGCAUCAUCUCUGACCUUGUGCAGACUGUGAGUUUUGGAGGAAAUUAUCUCUUAAAUGUCGGACCCAGCAAAGAGGGCCUGAUUAUGCCAAUUUUUCAAGAGAGACUUCUGAAUAUAGGAAAAUGGAUGGACAUAAAUGGCGAGGCAAUUUAUGCCUCUAAACCUUGGAGGGUACAGAAAGAAAAUAGCACUUGCAGCAUUUGGUACACUUCCAAAGGAUCAGUUGUAUAUGGCAUCUUUCUAACAUGGCCUGAAGGAAAUCAGAUAAAGUUGGUUUCACCAAAAGCCUCUCCAAAUACUAACGUGACCAUGUUGGGUCUCACAGGAGAACUGCGGUGGAAACCGGACCCAGAGUCGGGGAUCAUCGUUCAACUGCCAUUCAUUCCUCCUGGCGUCUUUCCUGUGGAAUUUGGCUGGACACUAAGACUGAAUGGAGUAAAUUGAGUUUUAAAGAAAAAUAGCUGGUUGCAUUUAAUAAGGGCAACUGAAUGAAAUCUGAGUAUUAAAUCGUGGAGGCUGAAAUUGUCAGUCAAUUGUCUUUUGCUGCUAAAGAUGAUCUGGUUAAGCUGAUCUAAAACUGUAUGUUUAGCCUUAGACUUGGAUGUAUUUUCUCAAAUUUCAAGGAAAAUGUUGCUGCCUUCAGAUUAGGGCGUUUUCUAGAUCUAGUGAGUUAUGAAGUGUUUAUUGAGUCUGAAUUAAAUAUGUAAUUUGAGGAGAAUACCAACCACUUGGGGAUACAGUGGAAUAUAUUACAAUGUGAAUUGCAUUGCAAGACCUGUAAGCAGCCAUUCUUUAUGGCUCAUUCACACUUCUAAAUUGAAGGAAAAAUUCCAGGUGUAAUUUAUUUUUAAAUAGUUAGGGCCAAUUUCAUCUAAACCGUUCUAUUAAUGGAUUAUAUGGCCAUUGUAUCUGCUGUAAUAUACUGUACUUACAUUAGUAAGAGGUGCUGUAUUCCAGCUGCAGUACAGGCAACUUCCUGUCUGCUGCUGGAAGUAGAGUCUGGCGGAGUGCUUCUCCUCAAGGAGAAGCCUUGUAUUUUUAUUAAAUAAAUACGGAGCUCCUCUACCAGAGGUGUAAACUGUGAUGUCUUCCGUCCACCUCUCAACCUUUGCCAACAGAAGUAAGGAUUGUAUUCAUUGAUUAAAAAUACAAGGCUUCUUUUUGAAUGGCAAAGAAGCCCUCAUCCUGACUUUUUUUAAUUCCAGCUGCAGACAGUAAUUUACCCUUGCUGCUCUGGGGACACAGCACUGCUUCUCUAUGUAGCUAGAGCUACUACAGUCCAUUAGCGCACGCACAAGUGUCACAUGCUUCACGUUCUGUAAUGGAAAGAAAUACAUUUGGGCCAGCUUGGCACAAGCAAACAAUUUAAAUUUGUUUUUUUUACUUUAAAAUAUGCAGCCAUUUUAAUCUAGAUUUUGUGUAUCUCCAUACUCCCCUUUUUUUUUAUUAUUAUUAUUAUUUUAUGGUUCAGAUAUACUGAAAAAGUUAAAGUAGAAAAAGCAUUUUUUUAUGAGGGUGUGAAUGGCCCUUCAGACUUGAUGGCUUAGAGUAAACCUGGGAGCAAUAUAGCAGCUGCCAUUGUGCCAUUGCUCGGUUACUUGAGAGAAUACUUGUUAACUGGCUGGUACGCUGAUCCAAUGGCUUUAAUUAUUUCCGAGACGCUCAUUUAGAAUAAGUAUGCAGAUUAAAAAGGUGAGCAAAAAGUGAGAACACCUUAUCUGCUUACCUGUUGCAGGUUGAGGAUUUAAAAUAAUGUGCAACAAUGACAAUUGGCAUUUUUAGGUGCAUAAAUAGCCCUUGUUCCUUUCUUUUUAUGAGAGUUGUCUUGAAUAGUUGACAGUGGAUCACAGGCACGAAAGGCUUAUGGGAUGUUGCCUUUACCAGUACUGCAUUAUGUGAUCUGUUCUUUUAUGCCUUAAGGUGAUUGCCCGUUGAUUCUCCCUUCAUGAUAGAAGCCUCUUUGGUCCAAAUUUGAUAGUAAAUGACUUGGGUGUGUUGGCUGAUCAUUGCACAUUCCUAAAGGUCAGUCCAUGUUUUUCAGGGUUUACUUAAUUUUUUACAUAUUGCUAAUAAAAUGCCUAUCUGUGGUUA